AUGUCCGCCCAUGACAACGCGGACUCUCAGUCAGAAUCCGUAGCAGAUGAUGCCGUGUCCGCCAUGAGGCUGGAACACGAUGAUGGAGCCGCAGAUGCUCCCAACGGCGGCGACCUCAAAAAGGAGGACAACACGUCCAACUCAACCCCCACGGCCUCCUUGAGUAACGGCCUGUCUUCAUCCGCUGUAAGAUCGCGGAGCCGGUCCCGCACCCCGAUCAAAAAUGAAGAAGGGGAUGCGCACGACAUCAAAGAUGAAGAAAAAGUCGGAGGCGAUAUCACCGUCAAGCUAGAGCCAGGGCAGCCUCCUAAGUUGACUCGCAGCUCCUCGCAAAAGGUCGUUGCGCGGCCGCCACAGCUAUUUCUGGAUCUGCCUGAUAGCACGGCCGAGGCCAAAUCCACCUUUGAGUUGAUGGAAACAUGCACCUAUGCUAACAAAUAUAUGGGAUACACUGAGCAUGCCAUGGAGUGUGAUUGUGCGGAGGAAUGGGAACCAUCGGUGUCCAGGAAUGUGGCAUGUGGGGAGGAUUCGGAUUGUAUCAAUCGGGCAACCAAGAUUGAGUGUCUAGGAGACUGUGGAUGUGGCCCUGGAUGCCAAAAUCAACGCUUUCAACGCAGAGAGUACGCAGAUGUGGCCGUCAUCAAAACGGAGAAGAAGGGGUUCGGGCUCCGUGCCGAGGCGGACUUGCGACCGCACCAGUUUAUCUUCGAAUACGUGGGCGAGGUAAUUAACGAAGGCAAUUUUCGCCGGCGCAUGAGGAAUUAUGAUGAGGAGGGGAUUAAGCACUUCUAUUUUAUGUCCCUUAGCAAGGGCGAAUUCGUCGAUGCCACCAAGAAAGGCAAUCUGGGUCGUUUCUGUAACCACUCGUGCAACCCCAACUGUUAUGUCGACAAGUGGGUCGUGGGUGAGAAACUCCGAAUGGGCAUUUUUGCCGAACGGAGCAUCCAGGCAGGUGAGGAGCUCGUUUUCAACUACAACGUUGAUCGUUAUGGAGCAGAUCCCCAGCCCUGUUAUUGCGGGGAGCCCAAUUGUACAGGUUUCAUCGGCGGGAGAACCCAGACCGAGCGUGCAACCAAGCUUUCUAAUGCCACCAUCGAAGCUUUGGGUAUCGACGACGCUGAUGGCUGGGAUACUGCGAUUGCGAAACGGCCGCGUAAGAAGAAGCUGGCUGAGGAUGAUGAGGAGUAUGUGGACAGCGUGCAGCCCAAGUCUCUGGACGAGAACGGCGUCACCAAGGUCAUGGCAGCCCUGAUGCAGUGCAAGGAGAAGUGGAUUGCCGUCAAGUUGCUGGGACGAAUUCAGCGAUGUGAUGAUGAACGUGUUUGCAACCGCGUGGUGAAGAUGCACGGCUAUCAGAUUCUCAAUUCGCAACUCUCGAUGUGGAAGGAGGAUUUCAACGUUGUGCUGCAGAUUCUGGAUAUUCUAGACAGAUUCCCACGUCUAACGCGAAACAAGAUUGUUGAUUCAAAGAUCGAGUCGACCAUCCAACCAUUGACUAGCUGCGGUGAUGAACGUGUUGAGAAGAAAGCCGCUGCACUGUUGCAAGUCUGGGCGACAUUGGAAGUGGGCUAUCGCAUUCCUCGAAUGAAAAGAGAUCCAAACACGACAGCCUCCACGCCGGCUGUUAGUCAGUUCGAGCGACGGGAGACUACUCGCGAUGAGCGAAAACGAUCCAAAUCACGCACACGCUCGAGAUCGCGAUCCAUAGAUGCACCUCGUGGGCCAGCAGCCCAGACACGAGGUGGUACUAGGGGGAAAAAUCCCCACCAUCACCACGGCCCCAGACCAUUCCGUCGUCAGUUCAAUCCGCUUCCACCUGGAUGGUUUGCAGCCGAGUCCAACGGCAAGACGUAUUACUAUUCUGCACUCGGAGAUACAACCUGGACCCGACCAACUGCGCCUGCAGCUCAGCCUCCCCCACCCCCUAAGGAGUCCAGGGACAAGGCGCUGCAGGAUAUCAUCGACGGAAUCAUGAAUGCCAAGGAGAACACUCCUAAAGAAAAGACUACUACGCCUGGUACACCGCAAGCUUCCAUGCAGACGCCGGACAAGAAAGAGGGCGAGGAAAAGUGGCGAAACUUCAGCGAAGAUAAGCAGAAGAAGCUGUACGAGAACACGCUAUUCCCUCACAUCAAGUACGUUGUGGAUAAGUUCAGACACAAGCUUCCAAAAGACGAUUUGAAGCGCUAUGCCAAGGAUGUUGCGAAGAAACUUGUGAAUUCAGACUUCAAAAACAACCGAGUCGACAAUCCGACGAAAAUCAGCGAGAAGCAGCAGAAGAAGGUGAAGAUCUACUGCAAGGAUUUCUUCGACAAAGCCGUUCUAAAACACCGGGCGCAUGAAAAGAAAAAGGCUGAGAAGCAGGCAAAGGGAAUUGACAUCAAGGCAGAGGACACACCUCAUGGUCAAAGCGAUGAUGAGGACGCCAAGAUGUCCGACGAUGAAGACAAGACCACACCGAUGGACGGAACACCUGGAACCACUUUGAAACGGAAGAGGGAAGAUACCGGCAAGGAAAAUGGAGCUCUUGGAGAACUCGCAUCGCCCAUUAAAAGAGCGAGAUCUACAACGCCCCCUCCACCACCUCCACCCCCGAUGAGUCCUGGUAAUGGCCAGGAGAGUCCAGAAGGAGACGACAACGUCAAGGGUGAAAGUGACGAGACGCCCAUCGAUAAACAAUCACUGGAGACACCUCCUCCUCCCCCUCCCCCUCCGCCACUCGAGGCCCAGCAGAGUGAGGAAAACAAGAAGCCGACUCGAAUUGAAAUCCAAGGCCAGCUAUAG